GUGUCGGCAACACUGCUUUGUUGUUGCGACUGCUGAUUGCGAGCGAUCACAUUGUCUUCAAAAACUCUUUCAUUUUAAUUCAAAAUGUGCACCGUAGAACAGCAGCCUGUCUUCAGGGACUUAACGGCGGAGGACCAAGACCCAGAGGUCACGGAAAUAGAGUCGCUCUGCAUCAACUGCCACGCUAAUGGAACCACACGACUGCUACUCACCAGGAUUCCGUACUACAAGAAUGUCGUCAUCAUGUCCUUCUCUUGCGAGGAGUGCGGGUAUGAGAACAACGAGAUACAGCCAGGCGGAGCCAUCGCCGAGCUCGGAGUCAGGUGGAAGCUGCGCGUGGAGAAACAGGUGGACCUCAACCGACAGGUGGUGAAGAGUGACAACACAAGUGUCAAGAUACCGGAGCUCGACUUCGAGAUACCUGCGCAGAGCCAGAAGGGAGAAGUGACCACGGUAGAAGGGAUAAUCUCUCGAGCAAUCGCUGGUCUCACGCAAGACCAGGAGGCGCGGAGGGAACAGCAUCCCGAAGCGGCGCAGCAAAUAGACACGUUUGUGAGCAAGCUGCAAGUUCUGAGGGAGUUGGAGAGGCCAUGGACGCUGCUCUUGGAGGAUAUCAGCGGCAACUGCUUCAUCGAGAACAGUGAGGCGCCGCGCCGCGACCCGCGCUGCGACCGCGAGGACUUCAGGAGGACCAGGGAGCAGAACCACGAGCUCGGGAUAUUCAUGCACGAUGAGGUGCAAGACGAGCCCAUAACAUCGCCAGCGUCUCUCAUCUCCCCCUCGCUGGCCUCGGACUCUCUGCUCACUCCCGCCGACCCCUCAGAGGGUCAGCUGGAUAUGCUCAAUGCGACCGAGGUGAUGCAGUUCAGGACCAACUGCCCGGACUGCAACGCGCCCGCCGACACCAACAUGAAGAUCACAAACAUCCCGCAUUUCAAGGAAGUGGUCAUUAUGGCGACGAUCUGCGAGUAUUGUGGACACAGAACCAAUGAGGUGAAGUCUGGUGGUGGAAUUGAGGAGAAAGGGGUCAGGUUUGAAGUGAAAGUGGCCGAAAAGGCCGACUUCUCCAGGGACAUACUGAAGUCGGAGACUUGCACGAUGCUCAUUCCCGAGCUGGACUUGGAGGUGGGCGGUCGCGCGCUGGGCGGCCGCUUCACCACCGCCGAGGGGCUCCUGCGCGCCACCGCCGACCAGCUCGCGCAGGCGCCGGGGGUCGUGGGCGACGCGCCCGGGGUCAACCCCGACGGACUCAAGGAAUUCCUGGAACGUCUCGACGACGUGUUGGAGUGCAAGCGUCCCAUCACCAUAGUCCUGGACGAUCCCGCGGGUAACAGCUACGUGCAGAGCCUGGCCGACGAUCCUCUCACACCUGACGAAGGUCUGAAAAUCACCAGAUACGACAGGACGUAUGAACAGAAUGAAGAGUUGGGGCUGAACGACAUGAAAGUGGAAGGCUAUGAAGAGAGCUAGCGUGCGCACUGAACGCGGACUUGAGCAACUUUACUGUGAUUAUUGGAGGUGAAAACAGACGACCGAUAUGUCGGUACGAUUUAUCGGUCCGAUUUGUCGUGUCGGUGACGGGCUCAAUCGUUUUGCAGUGAAGUCAAUAUUCAUUAAAGAAUUUAUACGAUUUAUCGUUCCGAUGUUUGUCGGUCGUCUGCUUUGAACCUUAAAAGAUGCCUUGUAUGUAUACUGUAUGCAAAAUGUAUAUUAUUUUUUGUACAUUGAUUUUUAUAUAAUAGAUGCAAUGAGCAACAAAUUAUAUUAUGUAACUAUGCCUUAAUGCUGUAUUCGAUAUAUUAAUUCGAAUAGUUUUACAAUCGACUCUUCGUUAAAUCGAUACAUUCGCCAAUUUUAUUCCUGAUUUAGUUAAGAUAUAUUCAAUCUUAUGGCCUUUCACAUACUGCUGCUUGCCGUUCGCCUGAAACAGUAGAAACACAAACACUUUGUAUCACAAAGUAUUGUUUGGUAUUCCACUGCGCUCGUCAUCCUGACUCAUGAGAUGUUAAGUCAUUAUGUCCAGUAGUUACACUGGCUACAAUGUAAUUGACAUCCUAGCGAUGUCACGUGGUCAAAGCGAAUAGAUAAGAGAAAACUAGAAACAGAAUAGAAAAAAAUGCAAUUUGUCUAACACCCAUUUUCACAAACAAUACUAUGAGGACACAGUGUCGGCUGUCAUAGUUAUCUGUGGCUAUGUUCAGCUUUGUUUAUUGACAGCCGACUGCAGUGAAGUUGUGCCAAUAUUAGCCAAUCACAGCGCCAUGUGUACGCACUGCGACUGUCAUGUCGAAAGUACUAACUUAUCACAGCAUUGCUCCGUACUUUGAAAGAUCUUGUCCUAAUGAAGAUAGUAUGGAGCUCAUGGGUUAUAUAUGUUCUCCACGUGUAAUAAAAACUUCGUGUUGGAUAUGGUAGCGUUUAUUGAUCAGUCGCAAUCACAGACAACUAUUUUAUUUAAUCAAUUCAAAAUGUCACAUAUUGAAACCUCGUGUGGCACGCGGGGUUUGCACCGCAGCUCGAGCCUGCGCCGAGCGCCAAUGUGCGCGGCGUAGGCUUGGGCGCGUACUUUGAAUUGGCCACAAAAAUAAAAAAAAAAAUUAAGGUUGUUCAUGUCGAUUUUCUUUUCAGAACAUGGGGUAUUGAAUUUUUAUAGGAACGCGACGUUUUGUGCUGAAACGUAGCGUUUUUGUGAACGCUUUUUUCGCUUGUAAUUUUUUAACAAUUAUUUUUUCGUCUUUAAUAAAUGAGAUUUGUUGAUAGAAGACUUUCUUUGCAUUUUUCAAGUCUUCAUUUUAGUGUUUCGAUACGACAGUGUCGUUAUGGUAUAUUUAACUUAUAUACCGGCCCCGUUUUCCCGGUGAGCUAUUUUCCGGUACUUAUUUUUCCGGUUAUUUAAACUAUAUUCCGGUUUCUUUUUUCUCGCCAAAGCCGUCGUUACGCGUUAGCCGUGUCGAUAGCUUUGCUGCCUAAUAACAUUUACACUAUUUCCCUAGUGUUUGCGUUAUUCCGGUUUAUUUUACCGGUUUUUUUAUCGCCUCGUAGGUACGGUGCGGUGUUUUAAUUCCAAGUGGGUGGUUUUUCAACUUCUCGCUUUUAAUUUUUUUUCCGGUAUAUUACCGGGAUUUUUUUUUCAAUUAUUUUUCGAUAGGAUUGUUCUUCUUAAGAUGUUGACUUUCUUUUUUCUUUCAAGGGUUGUUUUCAUUUAAUUAAAUACCUUUACAGUGAAGAAAAUAAGGAUAAUUUUUUCACUGCGCCAGGCUUAGUACAAUACCUGCACGCGGUCGAUAUUUCACUGGAGAAGGUCCAAUACUGGGCCAUCUUUCUUUAAUUUCAAUGUUAUUUUCUUGAGCUGACCACAGCCGCAGCGAGACCUCUUGAUCGAUAUGUUUUACUAGAGGCCUUUGUUCACGCACAUAAUGAAAUUUGGGUUUAUUUUUAUUAUUCAUUUACACCCUUUUUAAUACAAAAUUUAUAUGAACAAAUUUGGGGGUCGGGCUGUGGUGCCGAGCGCUGCAGCCGGCGCCCGCGAGCCUGCUCCGGCGGUGAGUCGCGGCACAGACGCAAUACGCGACAGCCUUGCAUUUCUUGAUUAGAAAAAGUUCUUUAUCGGGCAAGUAAGACACACACUUUAUCAUUUUUUUGCGGUGAACAGUUGGUCUUGAACGGCUGGAUGUCUCCGUUUCUUUAUUUGUUGUUUUUUUUUUUUCAAAUGUUUCGACUGGGGUUUAUAUUUUUUUAUCGAAUUGUGGAGAGACAACAUCAUGUCUGUAGAGGGUUCUUGGGGGGGGGGGGGGGUUCUACGCUAUUUGAUACGUCUGUCUCCCACCUCCCCAAGUGAUUGAUGUCUCCGUUGAUUAGAAAUGCUAUGCAUCUCCUGUGAUUUUUGGAGGUUCGAAGUAACUAUAUAGAGGUAUUUUCCCUUGGGAUAAGUGAUUUUUGUAAAGGUUUUGUUCUUUGCGGUCAGAUAGAGGAAGCUGGCUGUAUAUUCGUUUAUGCAUUGGAGCAUCAAAAUUUUAAUGUUUUCGACAGAAAUAACAUAGGCACAUAGCGAAUAAUACUAUAUUUAAAUUGUAAUAACAAAUUAUAAUAAAAAUGCUCUUGCAGCCAAGUGAUAGAAAAAAUUACACCUCCUUUUCGGUGUUGCCAGGCGUACACCUUUUCAGUGUUACCAGGCGUAAACUUUUUCGGUUGUGGCAGCAAGAGCGCACAGCUUACGCGGCCGCGCGAGCUGCAGUGACUUGUGCCGUAACACUGGCCAAUAUUCUCAAAUUAUUAGCCAUCGCAUCAACCGGACUCAGUCGGUCAUUCCCAGGAUGUACUUCAUAGACGUCUCCUUCUCACUACGUACGUGGAGAAUCCACCCCGUGAACACCUGCGUCAGUGUGGCGUCCAGGACGAUCCGCCUUACGACCCUGCGCGCCUCGACAGCGUCCGGAAAGAAUAGCUUCGUCGCCGAAGCCGUCUCUCCGUCCGCAUAUCUCCAGCUCCAUUCGUCCCGAGUCCCGUCAGAUCUGGCGUUUGACCAAUGAAACCGGAAACUUUUAAGUGCACAUCGGUCUUCAGGUCAUCUUUCAUUGCAUUUUAAAGUAAUCAACUUAUGUUUUGGGUGAAAACGAUUAUACAACUUUUCUCUCAAAGAUAUCUUCUAAUAAUUUCAACAUAUCUUUGACAGUUGUAGCAUUUUUUAUGAUUUCGAUAUAUCGGAAACAUUGCGCAAUUAUUGACUUCGGUUUUGCGUCAUCUUUAUUGUAUGUUGUAUGCUUAGCUUUCUGAAAGUACAUGAGCAAUUUGCUUCUCCUCCAAAAGUAACUAGACGAAAUUUCCAUAUGCCGAAAUUUGAUUUUUCCGCGAGUCACUGCAAUAAUGAGACCGCAGCCCCCCAAACGCCAUUGACUUGACAUUUUUGUCAUCGAAGUGGAUCACAACCCAGAUAUGGUUAUUUUAUGUUUUAUUUGUGUAACCACGCUUUGCUACCAUGAUAACAAAGGCGUGUAUGUUAACACUUUUAUUAUUCCGUAAAUACAUAAAUGUCUUAAGAGCCCAACAUCAUGUGUUACAGACAGAUAGCAGAAAAGAGCGGGAAAAACAUAGACAGUAUUUUUUUUACAGAGGACAAAGUAUAGAUAUUGACAUUUGGUAAUGUCCUUUAUAUUGCAACACCCCAAUCCGACACAACACACCACAAUGCUUCUGAGUACCAAACUCUGACCAUCCGAUCAUCCAGUUAGCUGGCGACCGUCUUUCUGAUGUUUGGUGGGCAACGUUCUUCCGCCAAUCGGACCUUUAUGGCCACCAGGCGCUAUCGAAGGCUCCCUCUAUGUCGCCAAGCUACUCACAUGAUUCACCAGAUCUUAGAAGGAGUCCUCGCACACACAAUGUUGCCCCUUAUUUUUGUGAAUACCGGUGGUGGUGAAUUUCUCCUUAACAUGUUGACUUUCUUUUAUAUUUCCUCCAAUGUUGGAAUUUGAAAAGUUUCACCUCCUUGGUAGACGAUUUUUUAUGAUUCCUAUUAAGGGUUUAUAGAAAUACAGUGUCGAGAUACCUUCUCAUGUAGACAAUUCACAAUGAGAAGAUAGUCUUCUUUCAUUUCUCUAUUCAUGUACGGCUUUUAACGUAUCCCAACAUUUCCAUGGAGAUUUUCUUGUUAUAAGCAGCUUCGACUUGCCAAAAGUCGCACCAAUCAAUUUGCAAUUAUAACAACUUUUCUUUGUGGGUUCGGGGCGAAUUAAAUUGGAAAGGCGCGCGUGAUUGACGACUGACACUUUAUUAUUACUUAACUCAAUCAUUAUUACACACAGCUCCAACAUAUAAGCGAAAAUACAUUUAGGUAUUAUAAACGGUAUCGCGACGGAGCUCGGGUGAUGCGUGUGCGCGUGUGGCGAGGGCCGGCAGCGGACUGGCGACGCGUCCCCGAGCCGCUACGUGGCUUGCCAUUGGCCGAGCGGUAACGCGAGGCCAUAAGUAAAACAGUUGGCGCAUGCGCGCCAAUCGCUCGGCGCGUUUUAAAAUUCGGACACGUUAUACAAUUGAUUUUUUUGUAUUCUUUUGUUUUCAAUCUAUCUCGACUUACUCGGUAGUUGUAUUGCGCGCGCAGUACACCAUUUAGGUCCAGAGUCAGGCAGUGAUAUGGGGAUUUUGGCCAGUCCCGGCUCUCGAUUUUUUUGGAGGCGGGGCAAAAUCUGGAUAAUGCCGCCCCCGACCUAUAUUUUUACUUUUUUCAUCAUCAUCAGCAUUUCGCGCCCCGCGGAAAAUAAUUUAUGUGUUUAUUUUAGUUUGAAUUGGCCGCCCGGGGCAUGGGCCCCGGCUUGCCCCCCUCUAGAUCCGGGGCUGAUCUCAUGCCAUACGACAUAAUCAUGCCUACUGAGCUGCUUCUUCAAGGAGCAGGACUUAUUAGUUAAACUUAAUGUAACAUGUUAAUUACUUUCGUUCAAGAAGUAGAUAGCAAAGGAUUGAUUUCUUUUGCAUUUCAGCUGCUAUACAUUUUAUUGUUAGAUAUGUAUGUAAGCUAACACAUGCUGGCCCAGCGUGGUGGACUAACAGAAAUCUCAGUAGAGACCCGUGCCCAGCAGUGGGACAAUGUAUACUAAGCUAGUAUUGUAUGCUUGUCAUUCCAAAUUAGCUGAUGUUUUUAUUAAGUUUUAAAUAAAUGUUUUAUGAUCGA